AUGCUGGCGCGUGGUCUGACUGCAGCAGCGAUUGCGCGUGCCACCACAUGCAGCAGCGGCCGGGCGGAGGAUUGUUCAGCCUUGGAGGUCCCGGUGGAUACGAGGCCGUGCUUCAGCGCGGCCAGCUGCGCCUGGCGCUUCGACGCCUGGCAGCCCUGCAACGUGUCCUGCGGCAUCGGCUGGCAGGAGCGCACCAUCUGGUGCCCCACUGGCACAGACGCAGACUGCCCUCACACGAGGCCCAACAGGCUGCAGCGGUGUCACAGCCAGGUGCUGGCCCCAGCACUGCAGGUCUACGAUAAGGGCCGCAAGGCAGGGUGCCAGUGGCUUCCCAGCGCCUGGGGCGCGUGCUCUGGUGUGUGCGAGCCGGGCACCAGGUCCAGGAACAUCACCUGUAGCAGCCAAGAGGAGUCAGACUGUGCGCAGGUGCCCCGGCCAGCAGACCGGGAGGCCUGCAACACCCACGCCGCAGGCUGCGCCUGGGACUUGGGCGUGUGGAGCCCAUGCAGUGCCACCAGCUGCGGGGGGCUGGGCAGCCGCGUGCGGAGUGUGGGGUGCCGGUCGCAGCACGGGGAUGCCGGGUGCUUUGGCGAGAAGCCCAGGGAGGUGGAGCCCUGCCUUUCGGAGACGACCUGCGUAUGGCAGAUCUCUGAGUGGGACGCCUGCGAUGCCUCCUGCGGCUGGGGCGUCCGCAGCCGCUUGGUGCAAUGCAGCAGUCCACAGGAGGAGUGCGGGGAAAAGCCGGCCAGCACGGAGGCUUGCUACAGCUGCUCGACCUGCACGGCCGGGUGUGCCUGGUGGACGAGCCAGUGGUCCCGCUGCAAUGCUACCUGCGGCCUGGGGCUGCAGACCCGGGACCUGAUCUGUGGCACCGACGCAUGCGAUCCCAGCACCGCCCCCAGCCGCUUCCGGAACUGCAGCAGCAUUGCGGAAUGCGCCUGGGAGGUCGGCGAGUGGGGCCUUUGCAGCGGCUCGGCCCGUUGGCGCGAAGCGAAGCGCACCGCCUGCGGGCGCGGGGUCUUGGAGCGCCCGGUGGCGUGCCCCAGCGGCUUCGACGCGGAUUGCGCGGCCCGGGGCAUUCCACGGCCGAUGGACCGCCGGGAGUGCACCAACACCACAGGUGGGGAGGACGGGGACUGUCCGUCUCCAAAGCCCUCGGACCUGAAAAGCUGCGCGGAGACGGUGGGCUGCGCCUGGCAAAUUGGCGAGUGGUCCGCCUGCGCUCCGGUGGAAGAGGGGGGGGGAGGCUCUGUGGCCUGCGGCCAGGGCCUCCGCACGCGCACGCUCAGCUGCGAGGGCCCUUUGGAGAGCUGCGGGGAGAGGCCUCCAGAGGCCGAGAACUGCACGGGUUUGGCCUGCGGCUGGCGGGUGGGAAAUUGGCAGAGCUGCAACGCGAGCUGCGGACACGGGCUGCAGAUGCGGAGUGUGGAGUGCCUCUUGGAUCUCAAUGCAGACGCGCGGGGGGGUGGGGGAGGCGACGAGCCUGGCGGCUGUGUGGGUGCUGGCCCCGCCACCUGGCAGGCCUGUGUUAGCCGCGACGCCUGCCGCUGGCACUCGGGCCAAUGGUCCAACUGCUCGGAGGGCUGCGGCCUAGGCACGCGCAGCCGCCAGGUGCUGUGCUCAGGGGGUAGCGUGCAGCUUUGCAGCGAGUGGCCGCGGCCAGCAGAUGCGGAGUCCUGCUCGCAGGAGAACAGGCUGGGCCCCAGUUGUGGCUGGUCGGUGGGCGCCUGGUCCACCACCUGCGGCGACAAGUGCGGGCCACACCUCCGGGAGGUCUUCUGCGCGGGGCACUGCUUCGGGCGCGCCCCGGAAGGGGCCAAGCCUUGCGAGGUCCAGGCGCGAUCCGGGAGCGAUCCGGGAGUUUUCGUGGACAGAGUGUGGCGGCGACUCUUCUGCCAGGAUCGGUUUGACCUCAGCCUCCGCCUGGAGAACCCCUCGGAGCAGCUGCUCGAGGAGCUGGUGGCCGGCACCCGCCAGGAACUGCGAUGGCAUUUGGCUCAGACCGGGCACGGGGCUGCAGCACAACGCCCUGCAACAGACUGGAUGGCGAGCAUCAAUGUGAGUGUUCCGCCUGACUGGAGGAGGAUUCUGCUGGUGGUAGCUGUGGUCUUCCCCUUGGACUUUGCCUGGUACGCGCUGAUGAUGUUCUCGGGUCUUCCGAUCUACCCACUGGAGCUCUUCGACACGGUGGUCUUGCCCUUCGGCCUCCUUGCCUGGACGCCUUGGGCUCUGUCACUCUCCGCGGGGCAGAACUUUGCCAGCUGGAAGGAGGCGGCGGCCUUCGGCGCGUUUGUGGGAUUUACCGUCUUCGGCACCUUCCAGGGCACCGCUUUGACCUUCUUCCCCAGCUACCGCGUGCAGUGGUGGACACCAUUGGUGGACCUUGUGUGGGGCACCUCCUCAGGCGCAUUGACGGUGGUUCUGGCGGACAUGCUCUACAAUCGUUGCUGCAACCAGGGCGCUAAGCUUCCCAUCGCCGGUGUGGAGUGAGUCGCUGAAAUCGUGCUGAGGACGUGCAGUCCUAUUCUCCGGCUGGGCCUGAGGUGGCCUUCGGGCCCGGCGGAUUUGACUGGCGAGCCCUGGAAAUGGAACCCAAAGCUUUUUUCCGCCCAUUGGCGUGUAGGCACUCUUUCGUAAUGUGUUUUUGCUGUCACUAAUUCGGCGCUCGUCACCACUACAGUACAGCGCUUACAUAGUUGGUUUACCCUCUCGCUGCGGAGCGCGCUCCCAAUGGGGAAGCCCUGCGCCUGGGUCACGUGAAGCGAGGCAUUCCACAAACAGUGGUCGCCUGUGGCAGAGGCCCCUGUCAGAAUUCGAGAGCCGGUGCUGUCUGUAGCUGAGCCAGUAUUCUCGAAUUGGUUGC